AUGGGAGACGACGCGGCCCUAGAGCGGCUCUCUUGGCUGGACGCCGUGCGGCGUACGCAGCUGGCUGCCAACAUUUCGGCGCUGUUCCCGCGAAACUACAACUUCGAGGUGCCGAAGACACUGCGACGGCUCAGCGAGACGCGCUCGCGCAGCGUGUGUCUGCAGUUCCCAGAGGGUCUGAUGGCGUGGGCGGAGUCGCUGGCGGCGCUGUUCGAGGAGUAUGGCGACGGCGUUGAGAACGUGUAUGUCAUCGGCGACGUCACUUACGGUGCGUGCUGCGUCGACGACUUGAAGGCGCAGUUCUUACGCUGCGACUUUCUAGUGCACUACGCACACUCCUGUCUUGUGCCGGUGAGCAACUGUACCGUCAAGUGCCUCUACAUCUUUGUAGAAAUUGCGCUGAGUUCCGAGCGCUUCGUAAAAGUCGCGAGCCGAUUUUUGAACAACGCGUUGGAGUUGGCGGAGGAUGCCGAGGCGCACGCUCCGAAGAAGGUUGCGCUGCUUGCGACUAUCCAGUUCUCCUCGGUGAUUUUGAAGGCUAGCGCGGCGCUGGCCGAGUGCUGUCCGCAUGCGGCUGUCUCGAUCCCGCAAUGCUACCCGCUGACGCCGGGCGAGACGCUCGGCUGCACUAGCCCUGUGAUCGACGCGGACGUCGCGAUAUUCGUGGCCGACGGCCGGUUUCACAUCGAAAGCGCGAUGAUGAUGAACCCGGCAGUGCGCUUCUACCGCUACGACCCGAUGCAGCAGGUGCUCUUUCGCGAGACGUUCAACUACGAGCUGUUUCACGAGACGCGACGGGCGGUGCUCGCGCGAUUUCCGAAAAACCGCAAGAUAGGCGUUGUGCUGUCAACUCUGGGUCGGCAGGGUUCGUUACGCUUGGCGCAACGGGUGUUGCAGAAGAGCAAAGAGGCGCAACGAGAGAGCGUGUGCCUGCUGCUUUCGGAGAUCAAACCGCAAACGAUCCGCCGCUUGGGCCCGCUGGCGUUCGUGAACGUCGGUUGCCCGCGACUGGCGCUCGACUGGGGCGCUGAGUUUUUUAGCCAGCCGUUUGUGAGUACUUUCGAGUUUUACAAAGCGCUCGCGGAUAACGAAUCUGGCGUACACGUCGACUUGUACAUUCCCAGGCGUUGGUAA